AUGACUCUACUUAUAGAACUCUACCUACUUCAUGGAAAAGAUACUUACAUUGAUCGUGGAGUUGCAUGGGGUGUUUUUCCACUUUGCGACAACAACUUUAACCUACUGGAAGGCAAAUUUAAAUGUCCUUUUUUAAGAGGACAUUACGAUUCAAAGAUUGAUCGAUUCUCUAAAAUCGAAGAUCUGAUUAUGACAGAUCUUGAUCACUGGCUAUGCAACUUGUAUUUCCAGGUUAUAAAGCUACCAACAUUUGAAAACGAGCAGGACUAUGAAGUAUUUGUUCAGCUACCACAAGAAUUUCUCCGUUAUGCCAGUCAUGAUGAAAAAAACUCAGAAUUUGAAGAUGCAAAAAAGUCUGUAUUACAAAGGGACGAGUCAAAACAUUUGCAUCAUCACCAAGUCACAACUUCCAGCAUAUUUUAUGAACAAGGGCAACCCUUGGCCUCUUAUAGACAUCUAAACAUUCAGAAGGAACUAAUUCCCAGCACUGUGGAGAAUAUGGAAUCACAGCUUAAUAUAAUGAAAGGAGAGAUGGAUAUUUCAAAGGAAACACAAACAAAAAUGAACCAGAAAAGCUUGAUGCAAUAUGUUCAGGUAGAAGAAAUCGCAGAACAAAGAACUGUGAGAAACUUGAAGCAGAAGAUGCAUAAAAAAGGUAUACCUCGGAAUAAAGUUGUACCAUACGUGGAUAAACAAGCUCUUCUAUUGAAAGAAGACUUUGAUACACACCAAAAGAAAGGUAAGAAUGCCACAUUUGAAAAGCGUUGUCAUUCAACACAAAAAUCAGAAACAGAUAUUGUGAAACCAAUGGAACAGUGUUCAGCAAGUACGUCAUACCUGGAGGAACUAGAAAAGCACCGGUUUGCUGUAUGCAGCAAGACAUUAAACGGAAUGCACAUGUAUCAAAGGAUUGUAAAACACACCAAACUUGCAAUAUGGGCAGUAUUUUCCGAGAUGGAAAUAGGACAGUGGCGAUCACGUGACUUUUGGUCUAUUAUACUAAUGAUGACUUUGAUGUGGUUUCUGCGGCUUUAUCUGCAUUAUUGUAGCCAGUGGCUUUUCCUCCAAGCUAUUUCCAUUCCUGUCGUAAAAUUUACGUUUUAUCCUCAUACUGUUGAACUAAACUACCAGAGUUCAUUACUGCACAUCAAAGAGGAACUAGGUGUGGUGGUGAUUGGACCAAUUUCUCUGAAUGUAUCAAUGCUCAUAAUGAUUCUUCUAAGAUGGAGCUGUCAAAUGCUAUUUAAUUCAUUCCCAACUAUUAUGUCAAAAUCUAUUAUAGCAUGUGGGCUCUGGACAAUGUUAGAUCCCUUGGCAGUACUCCUAAUGGAUGCAUUUCUGGGGAGACUUUCUUAUAGUGCAGAAAAACCUAUUGGUGAUGCAGCUAAGCUUUACUGGAUUUUUUACCGAACCGAACAAUCAGGAACGCCUGGGAUAUUCAUCACUAUGUUGGUCUACAUAAUGAUAUUCAUCAUUUCAUUUUCUGUACUAUACCUCUAUCUUCUCAGACUUCAUAAAGAAAGCUGGAUAUUAGAUGUGUUCCAACGCAUUAGCUGCAAUGAAGAGCUAUUUUAUGUUCCAUGUGAUCUGGAAAUUUCAAAUCAAGAGAUGAGCCAGAUCGUACAGAAGGCUGAACAGUGGAGAGGAAUCAAUGGAGAGAGAAGGAAGGUAACAGUUUAUGACUACAACAGGAAAAAGGAAGCAUCUAGAAAAACAUCAGGCUCUUACAACCAGCAACCAGGCCAUCUCCAUUCUAUGACUUUUGAAGAUGACACAAAUGACAUUACUACACAUGUGCUGAUCUAUACCAUUCAUCUGAGUGGUUUCCAGGAGUUGUACAGACAGUUUCUCAGACUACCAGAUGGUGCCAUUGUUGAGAUAUUUGGUGAUUGUAGUGGCAUAAAUCAGUUACCUAACGAAGUAUCGAGCACAGUUAAGGAACAUCACAAUGAACUUGAAUCUCUGGAUGGAAAUUCCACCACAGCAGAUCUAAGAGAAAGAAAGAAAAGUACCACUAGCUGCUGA